AUGGCUACAGCAAACGACGACGCACUAUGGAAAGGGGAACUCCCGCAAGCGAAAUAUUUGGAAACGCUUGACGAAGGUGCCAACAUCUCGGUGGAUUAUGGUGACAUUGAACUGCCGGAAUGGUACGAUGAUGCGAAAGUUAAAAGAGCACAGGAGUUCUUCAAGCGUAACUUUUACGCCAUGUUCGUCGGGAAGCUGUGCGGAUUGCUUGCCAUCGUUACGGUACCUACGAUUUUGCGCAUCUUGGUGCACACAAAUCAAUCGUCCGAACCGCGAACAGCCUAUCGCCGUUAUGUUGCAACCAUAAUGCAUACCCUGGAGUGGUACUACGAGGAUAUGGUUCCUACGUCAAGAUCCUGGAAAUCGAUUGCCUUCGUAAAGAAAACGCAUGCCGGGAUUAGCAAACAGGCGGCCACCGUACGGUCAGGAAUGAUCAUUUCCCAGCGCGAUAUGGCGAUCACGCAGUUCGGCUUCAUCGGUUAUGUUAUUAUAAGCUACCGCAAGCUCGGCAUACCUUUCGACCCAAAAGAUAUGGAAGCAUUCGUUCACUUUUGGCGCGUUAUCGGACACAUGAUGGGCAUCGAAGAGAGAUUCAACGCCUGUACGGAUCAGUUCGAAACGACCGAGCAGCGAAUGGCACUGAUCGCGAACGAAGUCCUAAAACCGGCCCUACUAAACCACACGGCCGAGUUCGUAAAGAUGGGUAAAGCACUCAUCGAAGGUCUGUGGUGCUUUAAUCCCUUCAUCGAGUUCGAUAGCUUUCUUUUCCUUACGAUGCGUUUGAACAACAUCCCUGGCUACCAUUACUGGGACGAUGAGGUAGGACCGGAUGCAAAGUUAUCCGAGGUGCGCCAUUACGAGCGUUUUAGCCGUUACGCACGGUUUUUGCUUUGUUGUGUGUGCUACAUUCAUUCGGUACUGCUGUACAUUGCCGCGUUCCGGUGGUACUUUAACGCGCAGAUGAUUAUGUCUCGAUUUUUGAUCACAUACUUCCCGUUUCUGGCCUUUAUCCAGUUCGGUGUAACAGACGCGUACGUUAGAAUAUUGAAAUGA